AUUUUAACGUAGAAGGUAGAAACUAUUUGUGGAGUACACGGAGUCAUCUGGGAAUAUUGCCCAAGAAGAAAAUGGGUGGAAAACAGGCUGAUCAACCGCGACAGGCGUGGUCGAACCAGCUAGAAUUUAUCCUGACGUGUGUAGGAUACGCUGUAGGCCUCGGUAACGUUUGGCGGUUUCCGUAUCUGUGUUUCAAAAAUGGCGGAGGUGCAUUUUUGAUCCCAUACGUGAUCUGUCUGUUUGCGGUUGGAAUUCCCAUUUUUUAUCUCGAACUUAACUUAGGACAAUUCGCAAGUCUUGGAGCUUUGAAAGUAUGGAGCAUCAACCCGGCACUCAAAGGCCUUGGCAUGUGUCUAGUUAUCAUCCCUGCCAUCAUCGCCAUUUAUUACAACGUCGUGAUCGCUUAUUGCAUCUACUUCUUUUUUGCGUCGAUGACGUCAUCACUUCCAUGGGUGUCAUGUGACAAUACCUGGAACACGUGCGACUGCAAUGAUGGUUCCCUCAAUAUGUCUCUGGCCGAUCCCUGGCAAGGGGCGAGGCCGGAUUGUUUAAACUACACAAUUAAUACGACCACUAGCGCAAGUGAGGAAUAUUUCUUCCAGAAAGUGUUAGCUGUGUCAGAAGGGGCCGGUGAGGCCGGUAAAGUAAAGUGGGACGUGAUGUUGUGUAACCUACUGGGAUGGUUGAUCGUCUUCCUGGUGCUGUCCAAGGGUAUACAGUCUCUCGGAAAGGUGGUGUAUUUCUCGGCCAUAUUCCCGUACGUGCUGUUGACAGUCCUAUUGGUCCGCGGACUCACACUGGAUGGUUACUACGACGGUAUUAUGUUCUACAUCACACCAGACUGGGAUAAAGUCGCCGACCCUAAUGUGUGGAGUGACGCAGCCACACAGAUAUUUUUCUCCUUGAGUGCCUGUCAGGGAGGACUUAUAGCGAUGGCUAGUUAUAACAAGUUUACAAACAUAACAUUAAGAGAUUCUCUAAUAGUACCUGUCAUCAACUGUCUCACAAGCUUUUACGCUGGUUUUGCAAUUUUCUCUGUCCUUGGAUUUAUGGCAUACUCUAAAGGCGUAUCUGUGGAGGAUGUUGCUACUGGCGGUCCGGGUCUCGUGUUUGUUGUGUAUCCAGAAGGCCUGUCGCAGAUGCCUGUACCGACAUUAUGGGCCAUUCUGUUCUUCUUCAUGAUGAUGACUCUUGGCUUCAGUUCGCAGUUUUCUAUUGUGGAGGCCGUUAUCACUGGUCUUAUGGAUCAGUUUAGCAGUGUCUUAAACACAAAAUGGCGAAAGAUCGGUUUCCGGUUGUUGAUCUGCCUCACUGGAUUCUGUCUCGGACUACCCAUGGUAACAGAGGGUGGUUACUACAUAUUUGAGCUAACAGACCAUUUUAUGAGUGGUUUUCCUAUGCUAUUUAUCGGACUUUUUGAGCUCAUUGCCAUAAACUACAUUUACGGAUUCAUGAAUUUCAAAAAAGACAUUGAAAUGAUGAUUGGGCGAAACAUGUGCGUCACAAUAAGUUUUUACUUCUUCGGAGUGAUGUGGUGCUUUGUGUCGCCUUUAUGUUUGGCGGUGGUUAUAGUUGCCAAGAGCAUCAACACAGAGCCGUUUGUGUCUGACGGAUACCUUUACCCAGACUGGGCCCAGGCUAUCGGCUGGAUGAUCGUCGCAGCCUCCCUCAUCUGUAUCCCCCUCUGGUUUAUUAUAUACAUGUGGAGGAACGGUUUAGGCACGCUCUGUCGAAAAGUUAAUUCGCCCACGAGUGAUUGGGGCCCAGCCCUUCCUGAAAAUAGGACCGGUCCGAGAUAUUCUAAAACAGUCCAAGUUACCCCCGUAGAUCUGGAUGUAGAGGGCGGCCUGUAUAGGUCAAAAGGUCAAAUCAUAUCCUACGAGCCUGGUGAGCCACGUGGAAAUGGUUCAUUUACCCAUCUGGAACCUUCGGCACCCGAAAAGUCUAAUGGAGGUCCUGAUACGUCAUAUGAGCUUAACAAUUAUGGCCACGUAAACACAGCAUUCUCGAAUCCAGACGUAGCUGACAACACCGACGAUGCGACCAAAUUCUAAGCCAGAAAAAGAUUGGUUUUGAGCACAAGAUUUUCGUUUUUCUACCUCCUCCUGUCGAGAUAAUCUAAAUUUUAAGUUAGAUAUAGUACUAUACAAUGUACUAGCACAAACCUUUAUAUAAGGUCAUCGUUCUUGCUUGGUAAACCAUUAAUCGAUUAAUGAGUCAUUGAAUUUAAGACAGACAAAUAUCACGAUUCUAUUUUUGUAUACCCAAUCAAUUUUUCUUUGACGUUUUUUGACGCUUUGGUAAUUGUUAGAAAAUCAUAUGUCAAAUAAAUGUUGAUGAUUUCUUUAACUGACUAAUACUUGGAUAAAAUUAAAGAAGUCAAAGUGAACCUUUCCCAAAAUCUACUUAUGUUUAAAUACACUGAACGGAAUCUAAGCAACCAAAAAGUAAGCAAGGAUAAAACCAUUGUGAUAUACAGAACACCAUGUACAUAGAAAAUGUUAUAUGUAUAAAACAAUAUAUUUCAGAGUAGGCAACCAGUUCUUGUAGAUCGUGAGGUAAGGACACGAGUCGAAAAAUUGUCUUCCUUCGUCAUUUGUGUUACUAUGCUAUGCAAUUAGUUAUAAACAAAAUGUAUCAUAUGCAAUAUUUGUUGUAGACCUGAAGGUAUAAGAUUUGAAUUUCAUGUCAUAAUUGUAAUGAUUUGCAUUUAUAUAAAGUUAUAUAUAUAUAUAUUGUUCCGGUUUGCAUAAUAACAUGCAAAUCAUUCAUGCUAAAAUUUAAUUAAUGGAUUGGAUUAUUGGUUAGGUCAUUUCUCCCCUGUUAAUUUUAUAUAUUUUAUUUGUCCCUAUCUGAAUUUCCAAACUUAUACUUUUAAUAUUGACACUUAACCGCAUGUCUAAUAACAACCUAUAUGUAUGUCUCUUCGUCUUAACAUUGCUAAUAUUCCGGUCUGAUUUUAUAAUUUACGUUUGACGAAGCAUUUUUACCAACCUGCAUUUGAAGUUGUACUAUGCUUAUAUUCAAUAUGUUAAAUACUUCCCAAAAAUCUAUUUAUAUUUAAUAAAACUCCAGUGUUACCACUAGGACCUCAAAAGGGCAUAAAGUAUAACUAAGAUUAAUUCGUUUAACUACCUGUGGGAAGAUGUGUCUCCUUGGAUGCCCUGGAUGUUUUUUUUUUUUUUUUUUAGUUUUAAAAAAAAAAUUGUUCACUAUUUUACAUAUGUAGUUGGUGUGUAUUAUUGCAUUAUGAGUGAAAAGAGAGAGCUUGUCAAUUUUAUCAAUACACUACAUUGUAAAUAACGAAAAUCAGAAAGUCGGAAUGACUAUCGUCACCUUUCGCCUUUCCUACGUUGUGCAUUUAGAUUCAUUGCUCAAAAUAGAAACCAAACAAACACGGACUAUUGUUCCAUUGUAGUCUUGAUAUUUCAGCACAUUUUAUAUAUUAAGUUAUAUAUAGAAUUCCAAAAUGUCAAUAUGUGAAUUAGAAAAAGAUAAUAAUUAAAAUUGAAAUGUGAUUAGUUGAUGAAUUUCACUUAAGACAUGCUUUACAAAUACUUAGCAAUAGGACAAGCUUUCUUCUCGCAAGUAAAGAUGAGUGACUCUUUUUGUUGGAAACAUAUUUUUGUGACAUUUGCAGUUUAUAUUGUAAUCAACGAUACAUGUUUUUCUAUGUAUGUAAAUAAUAUGUAAAACAUAUAUUGGACCUCGUUAACAUAUAUUGGACAUCGGAGGCCAUCAUCUAACACUAGAUAGAUUUUUUUUCUCACGGACAACGCUGGGUAGGCUGGACCAAUAGUUUCAUGUGGUUCCUGUUUAUCAGAACAAUUUCAUGACUGAACUAAAAAUAAAGCAUUUUUGCAAAUUUUUUUUCUUCUUUUUUAUUUUAUCGUUUUGUUUACCAUCGAAAUAUAUUUUUUAUCAGAAAUUAUUGAAGUAACAUAAGUGAAACAUAACACAAUUGUGACAUCUUUGAAUAAAAUCUACAAAGUACA